AUGCUGCAUCCACACUCGGCACGUAACAGUCGCCAGCUGCGUCGCCCAUCGCUGGGGGAGGGUGGCACGGCCGUCUCCGGCUCCCUCGUCUCGAUGGACAUCGGAAUCUCCUCUGGUCAUACCAGCUCAUCCUCGGCCUUAGCUUCUCCCGCUGAAGCCCGUCAGAGGGUCGGACUCGCGGCCACUUGGUCCUCCGACUCGGCCCUGUUCGACACCACUCCGGCGAGCUCGGAUGUCGCCGCUUCUGAGUCCGGAGGCUGGCAGACUGAGGAGCAGGAAACCGGGCAACCGAAUGUUGGCAUGUGUGAGGCACGUACAGCAGACGGGUCACAGUGUGGCGAUGAAGGUUGCGGCGUCGUUGAAAUGUGUCGCAACUCGGCGUCCAAAUUUGACGUCAACAGUUACCGACUGUUUCUUUGGCAAGAGAAAGAGCAACAACGUCUUGCCAAACGGCGCACCUCUUCCCUUCUGCCCAACGGCCACCUGAGAAGUCUGAGUGGGCGGCCGAGGCCGCCGAUUCGACGGCGAGGCCAAUCGCCUCAACGACUGGCGGCGAUGGUGAGAGCCGGCUGGUCGCAUUCCACGUCGCGUGAACCCUUGCGAAACCAUGCAGGCGUGGUCGGCUUGUUGCUAGCCAGGCAGAGAGUGGGACUGCUGUCUGUCGGCCACUCGGGCUCGGCCAAACUUGUGUCAGAGUCUUCGCACAAUGUCCUCCACCACUGCUCGUCGUCCUCCGAUACCUCCCACUCGGAACUAGCAGCCUCGGGGGUCCCGGUGCCAGACGAAGGUACAGGACCGGACGGAGACCGGAAGUCCUGGCCAAGUUGUGCGUCUUUGUCGGCUCGCUACGGCGACGGCAGUCUCGGUGACCGGCCGAUUCUGUUGCGCCAGCACCGAAGUCUAUACCGGAUCCGCACGAUCCGACAACGAUGCCGUAGAGACGUCAUUCCGAGAGACGAGAUGGCUGUGAUGACAGACUGCGGUGCUCUAGGCAACCAGGAAUUGCGUGGAGAUGGGGAGAAGGAGGAGGAGGAGGAGGAGGAGGGGAUGAGCGGAGUGGAGAAAAGGGAAAGCGAAGAGAUCCAAUUGCUCUUGGAGGAGAAUGCAUCUGCCAAACGCCACAUAGAGACUCAGGAGCCAGGCAAACUGGGGGCUGAUGGAGGCUACAAAAUGGGCCUCUUCAGGAUAGUCAGUCAUAGAAAUUGUCUACGAAAAGACGAAGAGUUCCUUAAUGCAAUAAUCUCUCACUUCAAAGGUGGGUGA